AUGCCAAUAAUAUUAGAAAUCAAUAGUUCCCAAUUCAUUAAACCUUUGAAAUCAUAUUUAGAAUCCAUCAAUGCUAUACAUAAACAUAAAAAGAUCAUUAAACUUGAUGAUACUAGAUUUCAUAUUUUCACUACAUUAACAUCCAUAGAAGGUGUACCGAGUGAUUUACAUGCUACUAUAAGUAGUAUAGUCGAAUAUGAAGAUGAAAAUAAUGAAGAAGAUCAAAAUUCGAAUAAAUUAGCCAUUGUGAUUCAAGAAUAUCUAACUCAAAUACUAUCGAUAUCAGAUCUGGAAUUAAAAAUCUUGAUAGAGAACAUACCCAAGAAAUGGUCAGUUUACCCUCCUAUGAUCUUGUUCAAUUAUAAUUCAUUUGAUAAUACUAUCUGGCAUGAUAUUGACUUUAAUAAUUUAUUCGAAUAUAUCAUUUCAAAGAAUGUAUUUCCUGAUAUAACACAUUUCGCCAUAAAUCAACCGAUCAUAAAGACCAAUAAUGAGAUGAGAAAACCAAUAAAUUUGAUUCCAUUGUAUGGAGAUUUCGGAUCGGAAGUGCAUGAAACGAUGAACCCCACUGAAGAUGAUUUCAAACAAUCAUUUUGGUGUUCAGUGAUUCAAAAUGGAAUAUAUCAAACUUGGUGUCCUAAAUAUACUAUGUUCUCGAGAGGGAAUAUCAAAGAGAAAGCUCGUAUUUUACAAACUUAUAAAUCAUUGCAUCGAUCUGUUGUGUUUGAUUUAUAUUGUGGGAUUGGAUAUUUUUCAUUAAGUUAUUUAAGGAAUGAUGCGGUGGUAUUUUGUUGGGAUUUAAAUCCCUGGUCAAUUGAAGGAUUUAGAAGAGCAUUAAUAAAGAAUAAAUUCCCUCAUAAGAUCUUUCAUCCUGAUGAUGAUUUCAAUUAUGAGAUAUAUCAACAAUGUCUAUCGGAUGGAAUCCGAGCAUUUGUAUUCUUAGAAUCAAAUGAGAUGAGUUUAACCCGAUUAGAAAGUUUCCCAUCGAAUAGUUUAGAUAUCAAACAUGUUAAUUUAGGAUUAUUACCAACUUCAUAUCAAUCUUGGACUAUUACGAAAUCAAUCACCGAAAAAUAUAAUGCCGUAAAUAAUAAGAAAAACACCUUGAUACACAUACAUGAGAAUUAUCAUAUUAAAGAAUUACCCAACCUUAUUCAAUUCAUUAAAUCGGAGUUUUCCAUAUCAGAUAAAGAUAACGAUGAUCAAAUUUUAGGGAUAAAUAAAAUCAAAUCUUAUGCUCCCGAUAUUUGGCAUGUGGUAGUUGAUAUUAAAAUUUAA